AUGGAUUUUUUUGAUAGGGAUUCGAUGCACUCGAACGACGAUGAAUCUCCGGAAUAUAUCGUGACUGGCUCGGUUGAUGAUUCUGUGAAGGUUUGGGAGCACAGGGAUGGAAAUCUGAAGAUUAAACAUAAAUUAACUGGACAUUCUCUGGGGGUUGUCUCGGUCGCCGUUAGCUCGGAUGGAACGAAAUGUGCAUCGAGCUCCUUAGACUCGAGUCUCAGACUCUGGGACUUGGAAUCGGGCGAAAAAAUAUCGAGUAUUGAAGUAGGUCCAGUGGACAUCUGGACAGUUGUCUUUUCACCGGACGACAAGUUCAUCGUCUCAGGGAGUCAUGCUGGAAAAAUUCACAUGUAUGGCACUGAGAGCUGCAAGGAAGAGCAAACACUGGACACCAGAGGUGGAAAAUUCACUCUGAGUGUUGCAUACAGCCCCGACGAGAAAUACAUCGCGAGUGGAGCUAUUGAUGGUAUCAUAAAUAUCUUUGACGUUGCACAUGGAAAAGUCCUGAGGACUUUGGAGGGACAUGCUAUGCCUAUCAGAUCUCUCUGCUUCUCCCCGGAUUCUCAGCUCUUACUGACUGCCUCUGACGAUGGACACAUGAAACUCUACGACGUGCAGUCGGCAAAUGUUGCUGGGACAAUGUCGGGACAUGCGUCUUGGGUGCUUGGAGUUGCUUUUGCACCUGAUGGAAAAAAAUUUGCCUCCAGUAGUUCGGAUCAUACUGUCAAAGUUUGGGAUCUGACGGAGAGGCAAUGUCUCCAUACUUUCAAGGAUCAUACCGACCAAGUGUGGGCAGUGAAAUACCACCCAGAGAAAAACCAGACGCUGGUAUCAGUGUCAGAAGACAAGUCCAUUAAUCUUUACGACUAUCCGUACUAA